AUGGUGCCCAAGCCGCAGGGUCAGGCCAUGCAGUCGGUCACGCAUCGCCCUCUGCCCCCGCUCCCCAAGCUCCGCGUCCGCCGUCCGAACAAGCCAGAGACGAACCCGUGCCUGGGCGCAAUGUCAUCCGUACUGGGCUGCUGGGCAUCGUCAGGUUACAGCGUCCAGGGCUGCGCACAGCUGGAGCAGAAGCUGCGGCAGUGCAUGGACCAGCCGCGCGACAAGAACCAGAAGAAGAACAACAUCAACUACCACCUGUCGCGCAUGUACCCCAACAUUGUCGGCCCCCACAAGCGAAAAUAG